AUGCAUCAACUUCGACUCUUGGGCAGUCUGGUUCUACUGGCUCUUCUGUUACUUGUAUCUCGGCGUUCUGAAGCAUCAAUCUACAAUAUACUUGGAUUUUUUUCCAAGAUAGAAUUGCCACCACAUGCCUCAUCCACUAUUGCGCGCUGUCGUCAAUUAGACAUGCAGGCGGGACCUUCGGAUGACUUUUGGAGUCGUUCAGCCUCUGACCGUUUCGAACCAGGAACAAAACCCAUACUGAUUCAGGACGGAAAAAUAUGGACUGGCGGUGAGAAUGGGACAGAAAUCAUCUGCGGAGAUGUUCUUCUCGAAAAAGGUCUCAUCAAGAGCAUCAGCCGGUUUUCUGUCGAGUCCCUUCUGGCUUAUGGGAGUGACAUUGUCGUCGUUGACGCGAAGGGAUCCUGGAUUACCCCGGGCAUCGUUGAUGUUCAUUCCCAUUUGGGUGACGCCUCGUCUCCCGCCCUCUCUGGCGCAGUAGAUGACAACUCUGGAAAGGGUACUAUCCAGCCCUGGCUUCGAAGUCUUGACGGACUCAAUACCCAUGAUGAAUCAUACCAGCUCUCUAUCGCGGGUGGUGUGACCACGUCUUUGAUUCUCCCAGGCUCAGCCAGUGCUAUAGGUGGUCAGGCAUUUGUGAUGAAACUUCGCGAAACCAAAGAGCGUUCUCCGUCAUCGAUGUUGCUUGAACCCCCCUAUCACAUCAAUUCUUCAUUCCCAGAUCCAAAUCUCCCACCCAGGUGGCGUCACAUGAAACAUGCAUGUGGCGAAAAUCCUUCCGAUGAGUACAAUGACACGCGCAUGGACACUAUUUGGGAAUUCAGAAAGGCGUAUAACAAGGCCACUCAAAUCAAAGAACGGCAAGAUGAAUAUUGCGCUCAAGCUCUAUCUGGGAACUGGGAAGGACUUGGAGAAUUUCCCGAUGAUCUGCAGUGGGAGGCUUUAGUUGAUGUGGUUAGAGGCCGAGUAAAGGUUAACACGCACUGUUAUGAAGCUGUCGAUUUAGAUGGAUUGGUCAGGCUUUCCAACGAGUUCAAAUUCCCGAUUGCUGCUUUUCAUCACGCCAGUGAAGCUUAUCUGGUUCCGGACCUCCUGAAGAAAGCAUACGGUCAAACACCUGCCGUAGCUCUAUUUGCUACGAAUGGCCGAUAUAAACGCGAGGCAUACAGGGCGUCUGAAUUCGCUCCAAGAAUUCUCGCAAAACACGGCAUCACUGUGGUUAUGAAGAGCGAUCAUCCAGUACUGAAUUCGAGAUACCUUCUAUACGAAGCCCAACAGGCGUAUUUUUACGGCCUUCCGGAAAACCUAGCUCUUGCCUCAGUGACCAGCAAUUCCGCCAAAGUGAUUGGUAUGGAUCACCGAAUCGGGCACAUCAAAGAGGGUUACGAUGCAGAUCUCGUGAUUUGGGACAGCCAUCCGCUUGCCCUUGGUGCAACACCUUCUCAAGUCUUCAUCGACGGCAUACCGCAAUUGGAUUCGCCGUAUGUUGUUCACAAGCCGAACCAUUUCCAAGUCACCCCCAAAGUGCCUAACUUUGACAAGCAAGCCGACGAAGCAGUGGAGUACGAGGGCUUACCACCUUUGACUCCGACGAAGGCUCGACAUGAUACAACCAUUUUCUUGAACGUCAAAGCGGUUUUCGAAAGAACCACGGGGGCCGUUCAACAAGUAUUUUCGGCUCAGGAUGAGGCGGAACUCGGUGUCGUUGUCACUCGCAAUGGUUCUAUCGUCUGCUCGGGGGAACGAGUCAGCUGUUACACCCCCGCGUUUUUCGGUGCCGAUGCCCAGGUUGUUGACCUUGAAGGUGGAUCUAUCUCACCUGGCCUUGUCUCCUUUGGUUCCCCACUUGGUCUGCAGCAUAUAGAUCUGGAGCCUUCGACCCAGGAUGGUUAUGUGUUCGAUCCCUUUUCUCCAAAAGGUGUCCCUGAGAUUGUGGGUGGCGACUAUGCGCUUGUGCAUGCUGUUGACGGUUUGGAGUAUGGCAGCCGGGACGCCUUAUUAGCAUACAGGGCGGGAGUGACAACCGGGAUCACUGCCCCCAGUCAUAAAGGGUUUUUCGCUGGUCUGGGGACCUCCUUUUCUCUUGGUGCUGCACAUCGGCUAGAACCUGGCGCUGUUUUGACGGAGACUACCGCGGUUCAUGUUUCUGUCAGGCACAUAGGAACGCCCAGUGUGAGUACACAAAUUGCUGUGCUACGUCGACUUCUUCUUGGUCCCCAAGAAGGAGCAGCAGGCUACUGGUUUAAUAAGGUCAAAGAGGGUGAGAUACCGCUUGUUGUGGAAGCCCACAGUGCAGAUAUAAUCGCGACCUUGGCAAUCUUGAAAAGUGAAGUGGAAGCGGAGACACGUAAAACUUUGAAGUUGACCAUUACUGGUGGAACCGAAGCACAUCUCCUUGCAAAAGAGCUCGCCGAAGCACAUAUUGGUGUUAUCCUCUCGCCCUCACGACCGUUUCCAUAUGUUUGGGAGGAUAGACGAAUCCUACCUGGACCGCCCAUUACGAGAGACAGUGCAAUCGUCAACUUGAUUGAGAACGGCGUUGUCGUUGGCAUUGGUUGCGAAGAAAUUUGGUCUGCGCGUAAUCUUCCUUUUGAUGUUGCAUGGGCUGCUAUCGAAGCAGGAGGAAGACUUUCGAGAGAACAGGCUUUUGCAAUUGGUUCAACGAACAUUGAGAAACUCCUUGGGAGCAAGGUUGAUUCUGAUAAAACGGACCUCGUUGCGACUCAGAGAGGAGAUCUUCUAGAUGGAUCAAGGGUGGCUGCUGUGAUAUCGCCUACGCGUCAAGGAGUUUUUGUAUUCAGCUGA